AUGGGCAGCCUGUACAGCGCUGGUUGCCAAGACUUCCUUGGCCUCAGCCCGCAGGAUGUUGCCUCUAGCCCCUUAUACCUGGACUGUGUGGUCUUGACGAGGGGCAGUAGCUACUCUGCACUCACAACUUCUUGCCUGGUGGCUUUUGCUGGCCUCCUAUAUCGAUGUAUUCUCACCCCUACCUUCUUCAGAAACCGGUACAAAAAAUCGUACUCGGAUUUACAGCCUCGACAACGGAGGACUUUUCAGAUGGACCACAUUGAUUUCAUUCUCAAGACCAUUUCCCUGACGUUCAGUGUGGGUCCUGUCUACCUGGUGCUUAUGCAAGGUAGACGUUGGUCUGAUCCAUGCUUCGGUACUUCCAAAUUUAAGCUUGGAGACUCAGCAUUUUUUGCAACAGCUGUUCUUUCCGCACUGUUCUUAUUUCAACUUCUUUGUGAAGAAAGGUUGAAGUUUGUGGACACCUUACAUCACUAUGGUGGUCUACUGAUUAUUCAAGGAUAUGCAGCCUGGAACGUGAGCCUACCUGUCGGCAAGCCGCUGCUUUUUGCUGAAGUGAGAAUGAUGGCAGAUAUUUGUUUAUUGUGGCUUGUGUUAUCCGACGCCUACGGGCUCAUCAAGACCGCGAGCCUCAUUCUUCGACGGUGCUUCCAACCUGCGACUACGGCGCUUGUGCGCCUGUACAUGUUCGCCUUCUGUGCUACCAUGGCGAUGACAAUACUGGAGGCAGUUGUUGUCUUUUACGCUGCCUAUCUAAGCUGGGAUAAACUUUCCACUCUUUCUAAGGUGACAAUUUACGUCCUUCAAGGAUUAUUCACUUGGUCCAAGUAUAACAAUAACCUUCCUUUUUAUGCCAUGUACAAGCAGUCAAGAACGAAAUCCUGUAUUGCUCGUUGUUACCUUUAG